CAUUCAUCUCGUGGAUCUAUUUAUACGUGGCGCCGAACAAACAUUCUAUUCUUAGCCGCGCUGUCAUAGCGGAUGACUGGAUGCAAGCUAAUGGGCCACCACGAAAGGAAGGAAACCCAUUUUGGCACCGUCCAUGCUAAAUUCAUCCCAAUGGCUGCUCAGGUGCUUUUCUUGUUCUUGAGCAUUCUCUGCCAUGUCGCUACAGCAGGACGAACUUGUCCUAAGCCAGAUGAAUCACCAUUCGCCACAGUUGUUCCACUAAGAAACUUUUAUGACCCAGGGGACCAGAUAGUGUAUUCCUGCCUGCCAGGCUAUUAUUCUCCUGGAGGCUAUAGACGCUUCACCUGCCCACUGUCAGGGAUCUGGCCUGUUAACACACUGAGAUGCAUGCCCAGAGUAUGCCCUUUUGCUGGAAUCUUAGAAAAUGGAGCGGUUCGCUAUACAACUUUUGAAUAUCCCAAAAAUAUCAGCUUUUCUUGCAACGCUGGGUUCGUUUUGAAUGGAACUGAUUCUGCUAAAUGCAAUGAGAAAGGGGACUGGACCCCAUCCCUUCCCGUCUGCUCUCCUGUAACCUGCCCUCCACCAUCCAUACCUAAGUUUGCCAUACUUAGUGAUUAUAAGCCGAGGGCUGGAAAUAACUCCUUUUAUCAAGACAAGGCAGUCUUUCAAUGCCUGCCACAAUAUGUCAUGUUUGGCAAUGACACGGUGACCUGUACAACACAUGGAAACUGGACCGAGUUACCAGAAUGCAGAGACGUAAAAUGUCCAUUCCCAACAAGACCCGACAAUGGAUUUGUGAACCAUCCUGCAAAACCAGUACUUGAUUAUAAAGAUAAAGCUACCUAUGGUUGCCACGAGACCUAUGUCUUGGAUGGCCCAGAAGUAGUUGAAUGCAGCAAAUUUGGAAAUUGGUCUGCACAGCCAAGUUGCAAAGCCUCUUGUAAAUUGCCAGUCAAAAAAGCGACAGUGCUUUAUGAAGGAGAGAAAGUCAAGCUCCAAGAAAAAUUUAAGAAUGGGAUGCUACAUGGCCAAAAAGUGUCUUUCUUCUGCAAAAACAAGGAGAAGAAAUGUAGCUAUACAGAGGAGGCUCAGUGCAGAGAUGGCACCAUUGAAGUUCCCAAAUGUUUCAAGGAACACAGUGCUUUGGCUUUCUGGAAAACAGAUGCAUCAGAUGUAAAGCCAUGCUAACCUGGAUUUCAGAUUCAAAGUGGAAUUUCAGUCAACCAUGGAUCCAUGAUUGUCGAAGGCACCUAAUGAGAAUGUCAAAAUAAAAGAGAUUUCAUGGC